UUUACCGCUGUAGAGGAACCAAACAACAAGCCACGUGAAAUAAUCAGCAAAUUAGAAGAUUUUUUUUCCUGUUUUCACUUGAUGCUCACCAGUUUGUUUAGGUAGAGUCAUUUUGACAGAGGAUGGUGAUACAGCUAAGAUAAAAGCCAUUGAUGUUUAUCUGCUGGAAUAACCGCACGCUGUGUUGAUGCUGUCAGACUGUUUUCUUUCUCCUGGCGCAGUCCAACUCAGCUGGAGUCGCAUAGGAUGCCAUACAAUCCUAUAGGAAGUGACUGUGGUAGCUUGACAGGCAACAAUUUCCAAGAGACGAAGCGGACGUAAUCUCUGCCCUGCGGAUCUUUUCGUUUGAAACCCAGGGGCAAACGAUGGAGGAAGGCAGUGCCAGCGAGGCCAUCCCAGAUCUGAAAGACAUAGAGAUGAAAAUCGGCCGGAAGACCCCCGAGGGUUUGCUCAGGUGGAUGCGGGAAGACGCGUCCUCUCUCCGGGGAGACGCCAAGCUGACCACCGCGCACGACACCAGUAAGGAGACGGGGAAGAAGAGUUUGGAUGAAAAGAUCAGAAAACUGAAGAUGGAGAUGGCCCACUUGCGCUCAGUGGAUGUGAAGAUCUUGCAGCAGUUGCUGGCAGUCCAUGAAGGUAUUGAGGCGGUGAAAUGGCUGCUGGAGGAGCGCAGCACGCUGACCAGCCGGUGCAGCAGCCUCACUAGCAGCCAGUACAGCCUGGGAGAGGGCCCCGACACCUCCUGGAGAGGCUCCUGGAGCAGCCUGCAGGACCCCAAUGACAAGCUGGAUAACAUCUCCAUCGGCAGCUACCUUGACACCCUGGCGGAUGACAUGGAUGAAUACUGCCCCUCCAGCUCAGAGUCGGUCAUCUGCACCUCCACACCACUGGUUUCAGAUGCUAUUGCUGGGGGCCGGACUGGGGGAGGCCCCGGGGCCACAGUAGCUGGGACAGGAGCUGGGUUAGGGAUGAGGUCUUGUACUGGGGCUGGGAGUGGGAUUCGGGCUGGGGCAAAUGAGAAUGGAGUUGGGGCUGGAAAUGGGAUGGAGGUGAAAGGUGGACCAGUGACUGUGGUUACCAGUGCUGUCAUUGCGACUGCGAUAAGUGGGACUGCAACUGAGAAGCCAGCUGUUCCUGUCAGCUCUCCCCAAGCCAAGUCUGAGGGCCCAAAACAAGAUGCUCCGGUGUGGAGCAAGGCUGCAGAGACCGGCAAGGGAAGCCCUGUUUCUAAGAACAAUGUCCAGGCACAAUCCAUGAAGGUUAACGGCGUUCUGGAAAAACCAGCCACACAAACAGGCGGCCCGACCCGCCCCAGCCUCACUGAGAAACUGGGAACCGGCCAGAGCCCCAAACUCAAACCUUACAAAAACGGAAAAAUAGAGUUGGACACUUGCAAAAUGAAUGGCAAAAUGCAUCUGGAGUACGACGCGCACUGGCGGUGGGUGCAGUCGCAAGAAGAUGUGACGUUUUUGUAAGAAGGAUAAUAAAAGAAGAGACUAAAUCCACUAUUGACCACUCCCUCUGUAACAUCAAAAACCAGAUGAGUGAAGGUUGGAGGAAGAGUGAACUGCUGUUGUGAAAUGCACAUAGUGAGGCUUUCUUCUUUGAAAGACACUGGGUUUAAAAGACAAAGAAUAACUUUAUUGUUCUGUUGUUCCCUCCUGUGACUGCACUAACUUUCUAUAAAACAUUGAUGUCAGUAAUAAGAUCGAUGCACAUUACAGGAUUUUGACCAUACUUAGCCAAACUGGGCUGCCUCACACAAACUUAGGAAAAUUUAAAAAUCCUGUGUCAUAGUUUUCUCAGGAUCUUUCUUGGCAUUCCCUGAUUUUAUUUUAUUUCAUUUUACUUUAUUCUAUUUUAUUUUUACCUACAAAUAAAGCACAGUGAGAUGAUCUGCUGGAGAGCUGAAACAUGAUUUCAGAUUGACAUGUGGUAUACAGUAUCAACUAAUGAUGAAUUUAGAGAUUUAAAAUAUAAUUUGACUUUCUACUAUUCACCCAGAAAAAUAAUUUCCACAAAGUACAAUACUAUAUAUUUAUUCUGAGCCCGUAAAAGAAAGACUGCUUUUCAAUUAUUUUAUACUGUACGUCCUGUUGAACAUUUUGUGUAUCCUUUACAACAGUGGUUCUCAGCCGUGUUGUUGUGUGAGCCCUUAAAAUGAAACAAAUGUGGCCUCUCUUCACAGGUUAUGGCCUUAUUGUGGUCAUGAGCUGAAAGCAGUUCAACCAGAGCAUGAAUUUUCCUCCCUGGAUUUUUAUUUAUUUAUUUGAAGGCAUUUAAAAGAAGGAAAAUGGUGAAAUUCAUGGAAACUACCUAGGAUUUCACUAUAAAAAAAAAAAAGCUAAAAAUUGACAAAAAACAAAUAAAAAAAAAUUUCUUUCAUAUUUCUUCAUUUUUCUUGGGACCCUUUGGGGAGGUCCUGAACCCUAGGUUGGGAACCACUGCUCUACAAUGAUCACUACUUAGCACUGAGAGCCUCCUGUACUACAUUUAAGGUAGUAGUAAUAGUAUAAAACCAAAGUUCCCCCUUAUCAACCUCUUAUUCAAGUCAUAAAUUAAAUUUAUUGUAUAGACCCUUACUUUUGGACAGCACUUCCAAUAAUUAUAGAUAGUAUGACUUGUUAAAGUAUUAACAAAAUGUUAAAUAUAAGUGUUAUGAUUAAAUCUGUAAGCGUGUUUCUCCCCAAACACUUCCUUUUAACAAUAGUAGAUGAUUUGAACGACAAGGGACAGAGCGCUGAGGUUAGUAAAUGUUUCCCUCAUUGAGAAAUAAUGUACCCACUGUUAGCAUUUGUGUCUUUGUGGAGCUAAUAACGUCAGUGAUUAACCAACCAUCUGCAAUAUUAUAUAUUCACUGAAUCACAGUACAGCUACUCUGUGCAUCAGGUACUAGUCGUGACUGGUUGUAGACAAAUCCUGAAUAUGGCUGAAUAUUUUCGUUUUAACGUCAUGGUAAUCUGUGUUAGUUUUUAAAAGCAGAUGUUGUGCCUGAUUGGUGUAAACCUUGACUACAUAUGCCUGUACUUCCCCUCCUGAGAUGACUGCACUGUUGUUAUGAUAAUCUGGGGUUUUUGACUGAUUUUAACUUUAUUAUAUUUGCCUCCUCCUGGCCACUGCUUGCGUGUACAAAUGGCUAGACCGACAGCAGUCUGUGUGCUCUUGGAGUGUCGAGUGGUAAUUGUGUUAUGUUGGCUGGGUGGAUAUUGCAUGCCCUGUGCUGAGAGCUUUAUUGGUCGAAUUGUGAGAAAUGUGUGGAAGACCCAACACAAUCAGUGAAGAAAAGCAAUAUUUUUUGAGGCCUUUCUACUGGCUUACAUAAGCAGCCUCUUCUCAGCAAAUGAAAAUGAAAAUUGUCUGUUCUUCAGGAGUUCGAAAGACUACUGACAGGGAGAGGAUGAGUGUAUUUGUGUGUGCUGACUGCCUGCCUGAGCACAGCUGGCCUGUCAGGUUUGGAUAAGAAUAGACGAGUCCCAAAGGUUUUCAUGUGUUUUCAGCUCAUUUGUCACAGUGUUACUACACCUCCUACCAGUCAGCAGUUUGUCAUGUUAAUGCUGCAGGGGUUGUGCAACACAUUUGAUAAAUAAAAUGGAGGACAUAUUACAUAAUCAGUGUUCAAGUGUUUAUGCUACCUUGUCAAAAAAAGAAGCUCCUUCUAAAAAGCUUGGCUAUCUUAUGACCCUCUGAAAGUUGACAUUUAAAGUCAGCUUCAUUCUUCCAUUGUACAGUAUCAUUAUGCUCCUCUGUACAACUCUUUCACUUGAGCUUUGUCCUUUACUGUUGAGAAUUGUUUGAAACUUUCAGAGUCAGUCACAGUCAACACAGAAGCAGGUUUCUUAUUUCUAGCUGAUGACCGUGGAUUUUGCCUGGCAGAUAUUAUCAGCUAAUAGCUAGCUACCAAAUUAAGUUAUCGUUAGGUCCUAAAAUUAGACUUGUUUUUGUCCUUAUAUACUUAGUCAGUAAAAACUAUGUUCACUUUUAACAUUACCAGACAAAAUGCUUUGAGGAUGAGGACAAACUUAGGUAUUUGGCAAAUGUAAUGCUAACUUGGAUAAAGUUGCCUUCAGUUGCUUGAAGGUAAUAUCAAGUAAAAAGCAGGACAGAGCUCCUUAAAAACCCUCCAGGCCUUUACACUGCAUGGUUAACACACUAGUUGGGAAGACAGCUUUUUUACAUAACCUGUAGCCUCACAAACUAAUUGAACAAUAAGCUAACUCUUUGUCUUUGGAGUAGCUUAACUACUUUGGUUACUAAGCUAGUUAGACAUACUAAAGAUUGAGUUUACGUUAAAAUAAGAAAUGGAUUGCUUUCUCAGCUUUGACACAGACCUGUGUACACUGUUUCAACAUGUGGAUAAAUCCAACGCUCGACCUGCUAUUUCUGGUUCAGGGAUUUGGAGAGCAGUCAAUGGGUCUACCUUUUUCUCUCCAUGUAAAAAGUGAAUUACUUGUCAACUGCUUACUGCUUUCAUUAAUAUAUAAUGCGUCUUAGAGUCAACUUCGCUAGUUCACUUUAAUUCACUUUCUGCUGGAUCUCUCUGUACAGAAAUAUUAUCUCUACAGGCAGCUACAGAAAGAUGUUAAACUCAGCAUCUCCAUUUGUUUGAGCCACUGAAGUGUUUCCUCUCUUCUCCUCCUCCUGCUUCUCUUUUCAUCCGACUUUCCACCACCACACUGGCUUGAUGGAAAUGUUCAGUCUGUGCCAACACACACAUCAUGCACACACAAUGCCCUCUCACUGGAGACAGCACCAUAAAACCGGCACCGCAGAAACAGGCCUGUCCUGGAGACAGGCAAGGAAAACUGAGCUAAAACUGGACCUUGAACUCUUGGACGAGUUGGAAUCUUUUCCCUCUCUACAUACAAACAGAGCAUCUACCAUUCUCUGGAUGAGUAUUUCAGCCAUGGUAUAUCAUCCAGCCACAGUACAGACAUGAAGUCAUUUGAAGCCCCCUUCCCCUUUUAACAUAUGUGUUGGCUGUAAAGCAAUAUUGCAUGCCAAAGAGACUGUCUGUUCUGCUAGUUUGUGGUUUUCUUUCCAAAUUAGCUGAGCCAUAUGAAGAAAAAAAAAAAACAGUUUAGUGCAGGGAACAAAACCUGUAAAACACAUUACAUCAACUAUAGUGUGUCUUUCUGAAGAUAUACUGUAACCCAUGAUGGUUUAAUGUGUUUUCACUGAGCACGUCCAGUCUAAAACUGGAAUAUCAACAUUGUUUUUAACUGCUCUUUGGCAAAGAUUUAAAGAUUGCUGACAGUCUGUGUGCCAGGAGGAAUUGCUUGCAGCCUGAUUGUUUUUGAAAGAGAGGGAUGAUAAUUGCAGUGUGCAUGAGCAAAAAUGGAAGUGUUACUAACUGGCAAGCUUGUGGGAAAUACCUUUUUGUCAAAGCUGAAAUAAAUGUCUCUCCUCACUUUCCAGAAUUUUUAUAAGGAGUGAAGAUGGACACAAGUCAAAAAUCCCUCUGUUCUAUCCUUUUGUGAUGUCCACAAUUCGUAAGAUGCCCAGGGCUUGAUGUGUUUGCCUUGGCUUCAGGUGCCAGGCACCCUCCAGCUAUUCUGGGCACAAGACAAACAGCAUGAUUACAUAGACGAGUGGAUAUCCACACGGUUGUCAUGACAAUGAGACCGACCAGGUUUCGGCUCUAGUGGCUGCAUAAGACAGUGUUCACUGCAGCAGCAGUGCAACAGCACUGUUUGGAUAAUGGCAGGUGAGAUAGAACAGAUGACAUGACUGCUGCCUCUUGAUGAAUAUUGACAGUUAAUGUGAUGAUUAACACCUUCCUGGAUUUUCAGAUACAUUUUUCCAAUAAGGCACCCUUUAUAAAGAGCUUGAAAGUAAUGGCUUUAUUCAUGGUUAAUAUUUUAAUUUACUGAUGCUUUAUAGGAUCAGUUAUAAACUACUAAUAAGGACACAUUUUGUGUUAUCAGGUUGUGAAAAAUCCCUUUGAUUGGUUAGAUUAUUUGACCACUUAUUAAAUAAAUACUGCAGAUGAUAUGGUCCAAAAUCAAUUUAUUAAUAAUUAACACUUUUAACUUGAAUUAAUGACUUAACAUUUAUAUCUGAAGACUCAAUGAUUACAUCCUUUAAUCAAUUACAUGUUAACAUACACUUGGGAGACUUGUGGGCUAAUUAGAAAGUGAGGAACCCAUGAACACUGACUGAUAGAUUACAUACAUUUAACUGCAUUAUAACCAGAGAGGGUAAACACCAACCAAUGUAAUUUUGCACAAUUUUUGCAAUCCCCAAAUUUGUUCUUAUUAAUGCUUAUAAUUGAGCUGUGAAGCAUUAGUAAAUUAACCAUUAACCACCAGGAAGAAAAAAAGUCAUAAAGGCUGACUUAGGGAAAGUGACUGAAUCUGACUGCUGCAAAAAGCACUAAUCUCUAUCUCUUGAAAAUGUUUAAAAAUAUUUCGUUAAAGACUUUUAAUCUCAGGCUCUGACUGUAUUUGUGACUAACAAUAGGUUUUGUCCAAAGCUAAACAAGAUAUGUUCAAAAAUAGUGAUUUCUCCCUCUCAGGUGGCUCACAACAAUGUUAAACAUAGUUUAAAGUUCCAGUUUUGUUACAUUAGGAAUCCUCUGUACCUGUCAAACAGUCAGUUUUGGCUUGAAAUGAUUUACUCUUUGUAAUGUAACUAAAUGAAAAAAAAAUUGUGUUUGAAAAGUCCUUAAGACAUAGAAACCAGAAGCCACCCAGUUAAAAACAAGCCAAACAUUCAGUGUCAACUUCAGGUGAUGAUUAUGUUCCUUUUUUGAUUGUAGGAAUUUAGCUGGUCUUUCAUUUUCACUGCAGCACACUAAACCACUGUGCAUGAAGUCAUUGCCGAUACCAGCUUUGCUUCCUUUUUGUCACACUCCCCACUGCUCUGUUCAGUAUUCAUACACAGCACAGUCACCCUCUCUGUUAAGCCACCUGAAAAGCUGUCAAGAGCUCUCUGCAAGUUUUGGCCAUUUUUGAGAAGCUAAAAGACAGACUGUUUGUGUCUCCCUGGAGGCAGAGCAGAGGAAGAAACAGUGAGCUGAGCAGUACAGCACCACAGCAUAUGGCUAAAAGGAAGCUCCCACUCCCGGUGUCCUACUGUUUUCUUCCUUCCUCUUAUAUGUACACAAACACACACAAGCACAAUUUAGCCCAGAACUGACGAGGGUCUCUAGGUACCUGACAGCUACUCAAAGAAAGCCAUUAAGCACUUCCUUUCCUUGAAUCUUAUUUACUUACUUUAUCCCUGUGUGUGUGUUUUGUUCACAUCCCAAACUGCUCAAAGAGAUGGACGUGAACUGAAAUAAACCCCACUGAGUGCACGCUGGGCUCUGAACAGGGUCCAGAACUUAACUUAGGCAACACAAAGCGAGGAUUGGAAGAUUAAAAAGCCACUGAGACCGACUGCAGUACACUGGAUCAGUCGAAUCGAUAUCUUGCUUGAGUGAGUGGAACUAUUUUUAUUUUCAUGGUACGAUGCAUUUCUAUUAUUUUGCUAUGCAAUGUGUCCAUGAGAAAAAUUUUAUUUUUUCCUUUGUGAAGUGGAAACGUUCAACAAAUACCUGGUUCAUGUUCAUUGAUGUGGAGAAAAAUAUUAUGCAGUAUGUAAAUUAUAUAAGCUUAUCCAAUGAUUAAAGAUAUUUUAAAUGUU